ACCGUUGCACGGAAAUUUUAAUCCAAUUCGGAACAUCUUUCGGGUGGCCGGUCAGGCAGCCAAGGGAAAAAGGGAACGACGGAACCAGAGGAAAAGAAGAAUGCUGCGUAUUGUUAGUACCGCUGUACGAAGCAUUGCUUCGCACGCCAAUGUUGUUAAUUUAACAAGUUCUCUAAUCUUUAAACAAUAUCCUAUUACACAAUGUAUUCAGCAGAGAUUUUUUGGAGCAUUUUCUUCUACAAUUAAUCAAUGGGGUAAUAUUGGUAAUAUUAAAGAGAAGCCAAUAUUUGGACAAACAGAAGGUAUUGUACCUUUAUCAUUAACACCUGUAACGAAUUCUGUGAGAACCGUUAUAAAAUAUUCUAAACAAAAAGGCAAAAGAAAGACUGUGAAAACUGUGCUUAAAAGGUUCUACAGAUUAAAUUGGGGUAUAUGGAUCAGAACUUAUGCUGGACGUCAUAAGCAUUUGUGGAAGAAGCCUGAAGGAAGAAAAUAUAGAUUGAGACAGCAUGUUUUCUGUAAUGCAACACAGAGUACUAUGUUAGACAAAAUGGUAACAAGUUAUUGGAAAAGGCCGCACUAUUAUGUAGAUGAUCCUUAUAAUCCAUAUCACAAACGCGAAGAGUUUCCACUCACAAGAACCAAACCAAAAUUAUACUAAUAUAAUACAACUUGUAUAAACUUUAUUGAAAAAAAUCUGUAUAUACAAAUACAAAAUUUAUGCUCUA